CACAAAUGGCAUCCAAUGUAAUGUUUCAUGAGGCUUAUCUGUCUACUUAUAUUUAGUGAUUAUUUUUUAACGAUCUAAAAAGUUUUUAUUAAUCUACGUUAAAAAUUCUAUUACUCGUGAUUAUAUCGAAUUAUUGUAUUUGUACUAUUUGAUAAAUAAGAAUUAGUGAUAUAUUUUUAUAUAUUGACCCUUUAUUAUUCAUUAAUGGGAUACAUCCAUGUGCAAAACUAUUUGAUUUUGUUUAUUGUUUCGCUGCGUAGAUAGUAUAAACGAUGUUUUCUUGAUUAGAUCGCUUAAUCACCUUUAUGCAAUGGCCACUUUAGAGACAUACUCAGAGGCGGAUAAGGUGAAAUUAUCCAAGUUCGCAAAGAUUUUGACUCAUAAGGUCGCUCAGAUAGUAGUUCAGAGCAGACAAGGGAGGAAGAUCACUCAAGAAUGCAACGCUAGAAAUGCUGUAGAUAAUGGGCCACCAUUGUCUCCUACUAAUCAACAAUGGUUCAACUUGUCUAUUCCUGAUGAGCCUGAGGUUAAGCAAGAUACAAAUGGAGUUCUGAAAGAGGAAAUUGUUGCUUCGCUGGCUAAUGUUUUAUGCAUAGAAAUAUCUCUACGGACUAGUGAUGAUGAAAGAAUGGUGUUAGAAUUAUGGACAGUGCGAUUAGUACCAAGUUCAUCUAAUAAUGGCAUAUCCAUUCCUACAAUUUAUUAUCGUAUGAGUAUUAUGCUAAAGUCUACACUUACAAUAUCAAGAAUAACACCUGCAUACAAAAUGUCCAGGUCACAGCACAAAGAAUCUUAUAAAAUUUUUCAUAAAAUAUAUGGCGGUGAACCCAACUUAACAUUGUUAGGCGAAAAAUUUAAACGCAUUAAAAUAAGUGAUUUACAAACACCUAUUGGCACUAUAUAUAUAGAUGUAGUGUACAGGACUAAAAUGACAAUUCUACCAGAGGACAAACCAAAGGUAAUAGAGUCAACAUCUGUGACUACAACAGUGAACGAUAUAAUGGUGAAAAGUGAUCAUUUUUAUGAAAGUCCAAAGAAAGUGAACAAUGAUAAAAAAGGGAUUGAUUUGUCGAAGCCAUUGACAGUGGGUGCUUUUGUUGACGCGGACCAAAUUCGUGAAUUACAUGAUGCUCUUAGCCAACAGCUACCACCCGAGCCUCAGAUGACCUGGCUCUGUUCUGAAAAGGAUAAAAAUGAUAUUAAAUUCAAAAAUUUAUCCAUAUCAGAAGAUGAUGCUAAACCAGGUUGCAGUACUGACAACACUGGCACUUCUACCCUACACGCUACAAGUAAGGCUAUCGAAGUGCCGAAAGCAAAGAAUGGGGACAAAUAUGCCAGUCUUAUGGAUUUCCCCUUCGCUAACGGUAGUCCUAUGGCAGACCUGGCAAACUUUUACCAGGAAUGUCUACAGGCUAGAUCCGCGAGCGAUGAAUGGAUUGAAAUCGGCGAAGUGUCCGCCUCUACCGACUCGGAAUCUUUGUCUCAGCAGUUAAAAAUGUUCGAGGAUGCUGUCCCUGAAUUCGACAAUAUGGUUGCUUCGAUGUUUAGCAAUUCCGAAAAUGGAUCCGAAUAAUUGUAGUAGCUUAACACUAGACUGCCGCCGUUUAUGUCUGUCUGCCAAUACAAAAAUGAAAUACGUAAUAAUGAAUCUAUAAGGUUUCCUACUAAAAGAAGCUUUUGCUUAAACUAGUUUGUUUUACCACAAAGAAAUUUUAUUAUUUGUUCGUCCUACCCUUUUCUGUUGCUAAAUUUCUGCGUGCUCCUAACUAGAUCUGGCAGACAGACGAUCCAAAUAUUGUAUGCGAUAAUGAGUUAGAUAUUUAUAAACUGUAGAUAACUAUCACAAUGUCCUUACCCAGUGUUUCAGUUUUAAUUACUAAACGCGUACCUUACCCAGUGUUUCAGUUUUAAUUACCUAACGUGGAACUUACCCAGUGUUUCAGUUUUAAUUAGGAACCGAUCUGCCUUGAGGCUAACUAGCAAUGUAGCUCUAGUUAUCAAUUUUAUAUGUUCAAAUUAUGUAUGUUAAUCACUCGGGCCAAAUGACGACCUUAAUGGCGCAGCUGUGGUCACAUUGCUUCACGUAAUAAGGUCCCGGGUUCUAUUCUCAGUUGGGCCAAUUUUGCAAACGGAGUUUUCUAAAUUGGCUCGGGUUUGGGUGUCCUGGGUCGUGGCCCCAGAUGUUUGUUGCCUGGUCCCUCGUAACACAGAUACUCAAGCUGGAGGACCAGGCGAUCGGUGUGAUUGGUGUUAUUGAUGUUAUUGGUGUGACUGUAUGUAUAACACUAUAAGAAGAUCUCGUACGCUUCUAUAGAAAUAUGCGAAAAAUAUACCAUAUGCCUACUAUUAAUCUGUAGCUUGACCUGCGUAUUCGGAUCUAUGCUCAAGCGAAUUACAUGUUUAUGGUUUUACAAUAGAUUGCUAUUAAAAUACUAUUUAUUUAUUACACAUGUAUGUUACAAAUACAAAUGCCAUAAGUAUUCUGUUUUUACUAGAACAUUACCUUAUUCUAUUAAGAUAAUUAGGAACAAUUUCAUUGACUUUUUCCAGAAUGUUUCAUUGAGGUCGUAACGUAUAUAUCAUAAAUACGAAGGUCGUAACACGAGUAUUAAAUCUUUACACACGUCUGUCCUCUUCCAAUAGUGGUUAUACAAUGUUACAAAUUACACGCAUUUAGAGAAAUAUUCACAUUGACAAAUUUAUUGUUUUAUAAAACACAGAGAGCCAGCGGUUUGUGUAAGAAAAACAAUAAAAGAAAAAUGAUACAACAUUGCAUGCAUAUGUAUCAUCAGCGGCCAUAUACCGUAACAUCGCAUACGCCAGCUCUCUGUUGAAUUGAAUUGUUAAUAAUUGUAGGCUAUUUUAAUAAUUUACUGCUUUUAAUUUUACUUAUAUCAUAAAUAUUUUUAAUAAAUAGAUGUCGCAAUUAUCUAAAAUAUUGUCGCGUACACCUAUAUAGAUUUACUGUCUGUAAUCAUGUUUUUACUAAAAAACAACCAAAUCGCAUUCAUGUAAAAAAAAUCUAGAAACUAAUUCGACAUUUAAUUUACUAAUAUCUAAAAGUACGUAGACAUAGUAUUGACAUCUAUUUAUAUUUUAUCUAUCAUUUUAUUAAGAAUUAGGAUUUAAUUUUUAAUUAUAUGUAAUUUUACCGCAUCACACCUUGAGCGCCAUAUUAAAAAUUAAUAAUAUUGUAGUUACGAGUAAGUUAGUUAAAUAUUUCAUAAUGGAGAAGUUUCUUAUUGUUAAAAAUGCUAUAUUGAGCUUAAUAAAAUUAAAAUGUAGGUCCGAAUUAAUAAGCCCGUAAAAAAAAAUGUUAAAAUCCCUUAAUAAGUAGCUGAGAAAUAGGUCAUAAUAAGAAACAGGGAAUUUUAUUCUGGUUACAAAAAAAAGUAUUUUACAACCUAUUUAUUCCUCUUGUAAGUUUUAGUUAAUUCGCUAAAGAAAUGCUUUUUAUUUAUACAAAUCACUGUGGUAGUGAAGUUUGUAAAGAAAAUGUAUUUCUAGCAGGUGCAACCGCAGGCAGGUUCCUGAACCAUUUUGUGUUUAGCAUUUCAUUAUUUGCACGUUUGCUUUUUAUGCACGAACGUGCUAACAAUGUACAUAUGUUUAUCAGUCCAAUCAAGAAACAAAUAUUUUUUUUUUUCUAAUUUUUAUACUAAUUUUUUCCCGCAUUUUUCCUGUUAGGGGUUGAAUUUUUAAAAACGACGAAAGUACAUCUUUGAUGUAUUUUUUAACUGUGUAACUGAUGUAACUUUUAACGCCUGUUUCACCCUAUUAGUGGACAGAUUUUCAAAAAGACUGAAAACUUGUGUCCUUUUACAUUUAUGGAGAUAUUUUAAUGAUUACUUUAGAUUUUUAUUUAGUUCUGUUUAAUUUUUCAUAAUUGCAAAUAAAAAUAUUUUUGGAAACUUCUCCAUUGAUAUAUUAAGCUCAUGUUAUUACGACUGAUAUUUUACGUGUUAGUUUUACGUGUAAAUAAUAUUGUGUAGUAAACGCCAACUGAAUAAAAUAUAAUGUCCUUUGUAACUUCUAUUUACAUUUAAUUUUUUACUGAAUAUAAAUAGAUAGGUUAUACAUAAUAUUAAUUUGUCUACAACUGAAUUUAAAGGUCUGUAACUGAAUUGUGAAUGAUAAUGUGUUCUGCUUUUUGGUAUUUUAUAGAUGUUAUUUUCUUUUUUUUUUUAUUAAAUUAUGCGAAUAAUUUUGCUACGUACCUUUUUAACAUUGAGUGCCUUACCCAUCGUUGUUUCGAUUGUAUCCGUAUAGUUUUACCAUUCAGGUCUAUCACACUACUAAUAGUACUAUUUGCAGUACGAUUUUAAUAGAACUAAACUGAUAAAGAAGUGCAUUUAGUUCUAUUUUACAGGUAUAAUAAAUACACUUUGUUCUAUGAAUUUAAUAGAACUAGAAAAGUCAAAAUGUUAAGAAGCAAAACAAAUAUAAAAAGUAAUAAAUUAAACAAUCUGAUUUUCUAUUAAAGUCAAAUACUUAACCAAUUUAAAAAAAAGUCAAACCUGUCUUUAACGUAUUUCUGCUAUUGAAGUUUUUCCUCUUCAGAUUUCAGUUAAUACAUUAUCAUUUUUGCUACUACAACGCAAAAUCUCCAUAUUUAUAAACGCGAUUUUUAAAAUACUCAGAUGUAAGAAAAAAAUAAUAGUCUGCUUUCUUUUUUCACGAAACGGAAUAAUAUUUUUGUUUUAUGUGCUUUGCCCUAUUAGCGUAACUAAAUCAUAUAAAUUCUCUGUUUUUUUUUUUUAAUAAUAGAAUUAGGUAUAGGAAUUUUUUAGUCCGUUCUAUUCCACUUGUAGAUUUAAAUCGUAGAACUAUACGGAUACAAUGAUUGUUUCGUUUUUAAUAGUCUACAAAAAGUGCCAAGGUUUGUUUUGAAAUAAAUAUUGCUAUGUGCAUUAUAAUUAUGUUAAAUAUAAUACUCUACUUAAUCAGAAUUAUAUAAAGAGAAUGCAGUGUAAAUCAGUAUGAUAGUUUAUUAUAAAAUCAGUUUAUUAUGAAAUGAAAUUAUUUUUUAAAGGUACAUGUCAUUGACUAAUACUAUAUUUAAGUGAAUAUUUUAACGUUUAAUUUGUAAGGAAGAAUGGUAAUUCAAUUGCAACUUACGCGGCUACAUAGUUAUUAAUACAGUAUGAUUAUUCGGUGAAGUAUAAAUAUUAACAUAUAAACUAUGCCAUGAAAAUAUACAUUUUUCAUUAAUUGAUUCCUGCUUUUACAAAAACGCGCGCGUGUACUCGCAUCUUUUUUUUCAUAUAAUUCGUAAUAUAUUUGAAAAAAAAAAUUAUUUAGUAGUUUUUGCUAUUGCUAUAUAUAUAUAUAUAUAUAUUGUGUUGCACAAAACUCGGUUUGGUAUGACUGGUGAUUUGUUAAAUUCUAAGAUUCGUUUUAUGAUACAGUGUUAUAAUAUUAUUAUUAUUAUUAUUAUUAUAUAUAUAUAUAUAUAUAUAUAUAUAUAUAUGUAUAUAUAUAUAUAUAUAUAUAUAUAUUAUUAAUCUGGUAAUUUUCUAUACUUAUAAAAACACUUGUCCUAAUUAAGCGAUUGGUCUAAUUACUGAAAUAGAGUUUUGAAUUUUUCAGUCCUAAUCAACAAACCAUAUGUUAUUUUUAUGAUUUAUGCAGUUAAAAAUAUAACGCAAAAAUGAGUUUGCUCAUACAAAACCACGGUAAACAGUUAAUACCCCGGUAGUAUUAUGGUUUGACUUUUGAAUCACUUUAGCGGAACCUAAUCAUACUGUUUAGUUCAUCCAUAAUAAUAUGAAUGCUUAAACAACAACGUAAAAGGUAUUUUAACAAUAUUAACUGCUUUAUAUUCACGCUAACCUGGCGUUUAAUUAUUUAUACAAUACUCCCUAAUUUAGUUAUUAUAACGUAAUUUACGUACUUAUAUAUUUAAAAAGGAUUUUAAAAGCAUAAAAUAUUUCAUGUUUAUAAAAACCUUCGUAAAUAUGUAAGUAAUACGUACACGCUACGUUAAAUAUUUUCUUCCAAAUGCUUUUAGUGAAUACUCAAAACUUAGCACAAUAAUAAUGAAAUGCACCUUUUUUAAAACCUAUUUAAAUAUGUAACUAUACUAUGUUAAUAUUUAUACACCAAGAUUCAUUUUUUAUUCUUUUUUUAAGAGAUUUUAAAAUUUCAGUACAUUAGAAAUUUUAAAAUCAGGACAUUAGUGUAAGUUGCAAUUAUAUAUGUACUAGUAUUUAAUAUUGGCUUGUUUCUGUAAUUCGUUCUUACUGUAUUGUGUUCAUUCUGAUAAAUGUUUAAGAAGAAUUAUGUUUGUUUGCCUUGAAGUACUGUCUUAAAGUUUUUUUUAGUAUAUAUCAAUAUUAAUUACCGUUUGGAAUUUUCUGAAUACUCAUACUUUUUAACUGUUUUAAAUGUAGGAAUGGCCUAUCAUAAUAAUUUAUUUAUAAUUAUUUACACAGUUACAUACGCAAUUUAAGUUUACAUUGAGGUAUAAUCUGUACUUGCUUGUAACAUAGCGUUUUUAUCCUACGGGAAUAUAUUUAUUGAUUGGGAUUCAUUUCAGUUCAAUAAUUCUAUUCAUAUGGUGUCCCAAAUUUCAUUAAAAUCUGUCCAAUCAAAUUUUUUACAAGUAAUUUAUAGUUAUAAUAUGAUGUUUAGUUAGCAUGGGCGUUUGUUUUGGAGACAUCUCUCUCCUAUCAGAUAUUAAUACAAAUAAAAAAAAACGUUAAAAA